UUCCACUAAUCAAAAUACCAUCUGCAUAUCUAUGACCUGGGUUUUAUCAGUCCAAAGUUCUCAUCCCUUUCUCUAAAGUUACAUUUGGGAGCCAUGGUUAAGGAAAUUAAAACUGAAGCAGUAGUGAAAGUUGGGAUUGAAGCCUUGUGGAAAGCUUUGGUAAAAUAUGUGAGAUUUGUGGCACCAAAACUCAUCCCACUGGUCAAGAAUGUACAAAUGCUAGAAGGAGAUGGUGGCCUUGGCACAGUCUUGCUCUCCAAUUUUGGCUCUGAUAUACCAAAGAUAAGUUCUUCCAAGGAGAAGAUUGUGGAGCUUGAUGAGUCUCUGCAUAAAAUUGGGCUGCAAGUCAUAGAAGGGGGCCAUUUGAAUCUUGGGUUUUCUUCAUACAGAACAACUUUCCAACUUACUGCAAUUCGGGAGCAGCGCAGCCUGGUCAGUAUCAUGAUCACCUAUGAGUCUGAAGUGGAGGAUAGUGGCAUACCGUCAACGAUAAACAUGUCUUCUUUCAAUUUCAUCAGGAACCUAGAAUCUUAUUUGUUGAAUGAUGCUACCUAGAUUUUAUGUUAUUAUAUAUUUUUAUUGUUUGGUUGGGGCUGGCUGUUUAUGCAAAGCACCAUGAGA